GCGCCAUCUUGUCAGCACUCUAGUUGUUUAAUAGCUCUAUGGGUUACAUUGACUUGAGAUGGCGUCAAUUUGACGCUGUUGACGCAAAUUGACGAGAGUUGACGGAUGAUAUGUGAUGGAACGAAUUAAAAUCUACUUUUCGAUGUGAUCGUUGAUACGGCACUCAGUAUUUAUACCGGGGACGAAAGGUAAAUAGGACUUUAAAGAUAACGUUUCCUAGGACAAUAGACCACUGUAAAGUUGGUAACAAAUUUAGAAAACCAAGAAUAACUCUGAAUAUAUGGCACAAAACGAUAUUACCCAGAAGCCCAGUAUGGAUUGGCUGAAUAACCGUGGUCUGUGGUUCUCCUAUGCUGUUGGUGUGUACGCUUUACACCUCAUGUUUCUCAUUAUGCCGUUUCUCAGUUCAGGAACAGCAUGGACCUUGACAGUCGCAGUUCAUGCAGUGCUGAACUACAUCUCGUUUCAUUAUUUCAAGGGCUCAAUCUUAUUUGAAGAUCAAGGAAAAUCAAGAUACCUAACAGUGUGGGAACAAAUUGAUGGAGAAGAACAGUUUACAGCAACAAGGAAAUUUUUCACCAUUGUACCCAUGGUGCUGUUCUUUGCUGCCAGUUUCUACACAAAAUACGAUCCAACUCAUUUUGUCUACAACAGUUUGUUUACAACGAUUUCCAUCUUACCAAAAUUGCCAUUCUUUCACCGUGUCAGAAUAUUCGGCAUCAACAAAUAUUAAAACACUUUACAUUAUGUGAGAGAAAGAAAUAUUAUAGACUGACUAAUGCAAUAGUAGACACUAGAUUCAGUAACUUGGAUGAUCUACUCUGGGUGGAGCGAUGUUCAAACUCUUGCAAAACUUUUGGCGAUACAUGAUGUCCUGAGGAUAUUCUAGUGGACUGAAUCUCCAAAGAGUGCAGGUGGACACAAUUGAAAAGGUGUUAAGGAAUGACCUUCGGAAGCCUGUAGAUAGAGUUAUUUAAAAAAAAAAAAAGUACAAAAAGGUGUACUACUGAAAUAUGUCAGAGGUCACAAAAAUUGUAAAUAAGUUUGGUCUUUUGGUUACUUACAAGACUGUCACUAUGGUCUGCAUGCUGUGUAAUUUUGCCAAUAUCAUUUGCAGAUAGUGGUUUGGAUGAAAGGUUGGGGAGGGGUAAACAACUAUUUUAUAUUUUGUAAUCAUACUCAAAGAUGUUCUGGAACUCUGGUCUGGAUUUUCAUGGAUCUGAAGACAAAUAGAAAAGCAUAUCAUGUGAUCUUUCCAUAACUAUUACAACAACAACAAAAUAUCUGUCAGAGAAAAAUUGAGCGCGAUUGUUGAUUACUCACACCUAAUGUUUAUUAAGUCAGUACACCCCAAAAAGAAUCGCUAGUGUUUUGGGUAGGAAUAAAAUCCUGGUACCAUAAUGCUAACCCUAACCAACAACACUUUUGCUGGAGACUGAUUGAAUUUAAUCCGGCCUGUCUUGCAGGAAUUUGAGUGUCUAUUGGCAUAAACCUAGGUACAGUAUUUAUAUUGUGGUCAUCCAGGGGUGGUGCCAGUGAGGUCCAGUGCCCGGGGAUAAAAACCACAAUUUUGAGGAGAGAAUAAAAUUGUAUUUUUUACAUGUUAGUAGGCUUUAAAAUUGUUUAAAUAAGCCUUUGAAAACCCUAAAUUGUCGUACUGUUGUUUUAAUUGUGAAGAGAACAAUGAAAAAAAGUGGUCUCUGCUUCUUAAACAAAAAUACCUGAUUGAGAAACAUAAAAUUUUUUUUUAAUUUGGCCUUUUAAAAACUAGUUUCUUGUGAUUUUAUGAUAUCUAUUUUGAUAGUUUUUAUUCUUGAUCUCUGUGAGAUGAAAUAUAAUGGGUGUAAUUAUUAUAUUGAUUAAAUUUAUAUUGCUUAAGAGUACUUAUAAAACUAUAGAUUGUUUCCUUAAGAACCACUUUACUCACUACAGUAUGCUAAUAUUCCUAUCAGUGGACACGCAGGUUAAAAAAAUUGUCUCAAGCGCAGUGAUAAUUGGAAAUCAGGGUUGGUCUGUUGGGAUAUUGUUUUAGUAUAAGCCUAAACUCAAUUUCACUCACUACUGAAAUGGGCUAAAAUUCAUCAUGAAACAUGCCCUUUCGUUCGUCAUGCAGGAAAAGUAUUAUUGGGAUCUUCAAGAAAAUCUCUUUUUUGACUUGUAUGUUAUACUGUACAAUGCUGUCCACAUAGAUACAAGUAAAAACCCAAAGAAGGGCAGGAUGUUUUAUUUAAGUUAUUUCAAGUGGAUUAUAAUUAUAAUCUAGCAGAUUUUCUUUGAUAAAUAUUUCUUUCUGAUUGGAUAUCAAAAGAGGGCAGUUGUGUAAAUAAUGCGACUCAUAAUCCUGUAGGUUCAAAAUUUAUAAUUCAUUUUCACUUUAUAAUAUUUUCAUGGAAUUGUAGUUAAUGUAAAAAAAAUAAUUGGUUGUUCUAUUUGAAAGCAUCUCUGUGUCAGUUAAAAGUAGUGUCUCCAAAAUUUAAAAUAACAGACUUCGGCACAGAGGCCUGCUUUGACUUUUUACUGCUAUUUGGUUUGACAUCCUGAAACUGGCCUUGGGGGGAAAAACAUGCAUUUUGAAUUAAUUUUGAAACUUAACUUUGGCUUAUAAAUACAGGGUAUUAGAUGCAGUACUAGGCUUCAAACUAAUUCAUGUAAUUUGUUUUGUUCCAAAAACAUGAUGUCAAAGGUGAACAUCCACCCACAGAUUAAGUUGUGUUGCACCAUGUGCAAAAUUGAGAUACUGAAGUUUCUGUGAAACCUGGUUCUCAUCAUUUCUUAGCUUUUGAGUAAAAAAUAUCACAAAAUUAUUUCCUCUUUAAAAUAACACACAGAUAAAUACUCUUUCUAUAUUCUUUGGAUAGUCCCUUCAAUUGGCUGGUAUACAAUUAUGUGUUUUAUAGUAAAAUCUGUAAAACAGGGAGAAAACAUCUGAAUUAAACACAGCACAUCCAACAAUAUAUAACUUGCCAAUUGCAGGAUGGAAUGAUGCUUUAUAAACAAGUCUCUUUUUGGGGCUUAGGUUGUGGAGCUGUUUUUAGUCAUGACAAAAAAAAAAAUUCCUACUGCGACUACAUUAAAAAUUCAAUUAUAUACAAAAAUGUUAAUUGAAAAUGGCUUAUAAUAGUCUUUCUUGUUCAGAACACAACUCAUUUUGUGGUGGGUGAAGAACUAGGUUUGGUGUAUCUUGGUAUUAAAUUCUUUUAAGUCGAAAAAUGAUUGUUAUAAUAUAUUAACUUAAAUUAUUUUUUUCAUAUAAAAUUUCAAAGGCAAGAACAAAAUUAUAAUCAUCACCUUAUAUAUGCUUACAGUGCUGAAUUCUUUUUUUUUUGUAUUCAAUUUAUUACGCUUAUAAUUGCUAUAUACAGUAUAAAUGUGCCUAUAGGGUGUUUUUUUUUUAUAUUCAACUAGCAUAGUUGGAUGAAUUUACAGUUGAA